UUUAUUAUUUGUUGGUUUCUUUUGUUGUUGUUGCGGUUUUGAUUUGUUAUAAUUUGCUAUUUGUUACUAGGAAGAGCAUUCGACUUUAAAGCUUUAAUCCAUUUCGUGUUAAAAACAGACACAUACUCAAUGUGUCAAUAAAUCGAACCAGGUAGUUUCCAAGCGCAAAAAAAAUACAUUCUCUGCUGCAGUGCAUCUUAUUGGAAAUGCAGCUGUGUGUGUAGGGGAAUAAAAGCUAAAACAAAUAAAAGUAAAGAAUGUUGCCUCAACUUUGUGGAAGCAUUCUCGAACUUUCGGCGAUAUCACAACAAAUUGGACAGCGGCUACAGAGUGGCAAAAGUGAUUACAAUAGAUUACAAUAAGCACACACAUACAAAUACAACGAAUAUAACUGCUUUGAAAAAGGGGGUAGAAAGGGUGAGUGAAGCACCAUGGAAUUGUACUGCUGGGGCAACACAUCCCAUGGCCAAUUGGGUCUGGGCGGCAUUGAGGAUGAACAGAUAUUGACGCCCAGAAAAAUACCCUGGAAACCGGAUUCGUCGGUGGUACAGAUUGCAUGCGGUCAUGGUCAUACGCUCUUCCUGACGACCAGCGGAAAGGUUUAUGCUUGCGGCAGCAAUGAUUACUCGCAGCUAGGACACGAUCUGCCCACCAAAAGGCCACGUAUGUGCCCAUUUCUGGAAAUUCCCGAACUACAGGAUUAUGUGAUAAGUCAGAUUGCCUGCGGCAGUCGACACUCGAUGGCUCUAACCGAUUGGGGUCAGGUGCUCAGCUGGGGUGGCAACGAGUUGGGUCAGCUGGGGCACGCCAACAAUCAGGCCAACGAGCUGCCCAAAAUUGUGCGUGCUUUGCUCUCCAAGACUGUCGUCCAAGUGGCGUGUGGCAAGAAUCAUAGCAUGGCGUUAACCAGCGGUGGCGAGGUCUAUACAUGGGGUUCCAAUCAGUGUGGUCAACUAGGUGUGCAGUCACCCCAUGAGUUAUACGACUCCAAUCGUCCCAUGCUGUUGACUUCAUUGCUGGGCAUUCCAGUUGCAACAAUUGCCUGUGGCGGCAAUCACUCGUUUGUCAUCUCCAAGUCCGCCGCUGUCUUCGGUUGGGGCAGUAAUAAUUGCGGUCAACUGGGACUCAAUGAUGAGACGAAUCGUGCUUAUCCCACACAGUUGAAAACUCUGCGCACGCUUGGCGUGCGUUUUGUUGCCUGUGGCGAUGAGUUCUCCGUCUUCUUGACCAACGAGGGAGGCGUUUUCACUUGCGGCGCUGGAGCAUAUGGACAGCUGGGUCAUGGCUACAAUGCCAACGAGAUGCUGCCGCGCAUGGUGGUCGAGCUCAUGGGCAGCACCAUUUCACAGGUGACCUGCGGCAGUCGUCACACGCUGGCAUUGGUGCCAUCGCGGGGCCGCAUCUAUGGCUUCGGCUUAGGCAGCUCGGGGCAGCUGGGAACACGUGGCACCAAGAACUUGAACCUGCCACAGGUUGUGGUUGGUCCUUGGGUGUCGCCCAGUGGCUCUGCAUUGCUGCAAUCAAAUGCUGCUCAGGCUUCGGUGGUCAUUCGUCAGAUCUUCUCGGGCGGUGAUCAAUCGAUUGUGACCACAUCGUACUACGUGGACAAAGUGCCGCCCACCGACUGUCGCAUUUACCGACCCAAAUCACAGAUUCUGAAGUUGACGGCGGAGGACACAAAACAAUGCACUCGCUUCAAGGAGGGCGAUCAAAGCGAUCUUGAUCUACUGCACUCCAUGGAGCUGAUCUUUAAGAGUCAGGCCUGUAUUAAUGGUUCCUUUUUACUGGAUGAGGACAAGCAUUUCGCCUGCUCGUCACGCAACUAUGGCUUGGAUCUGAAGAAAGCUCAACUGGCUUUCGACAAUUUACGCAAAGUGGAAAAUGAGAGCAUCAAGCAAGUGAUCUGGGAGAACCUGACGAAGGAGCUGAUAGGCUCGUUGGUCGCCUCGCCGCCGGAUGCGGAAAGCUUGCGGAUCUAUAUAUUACUGCCACUCUAUCAUGAGUUUGGUAAUUCCAAGCACUACAAGACACUGCACGUUCCCUUUGCCCAUGCCUUCAUCAAUCUGACGGAGAAUCCAUACAAGGUGCUCAAGAAAUGGUGGACUGAUAUGCCUCUCGAGUAUUUUGAGCAAAUGGUGAACAAUUAUCUUCACGUUGUGAUGCACAUCAUUCGCUUUAAGAUGGGUCUCGAGGUCAUCGAUUACAAUCAUCGCGAACAGCAGAAUGUCAGAAUGGUCAUGCCUCGCAAUGCAGAUUUGAAUAUAGUGCUGAUCAUGCUGUAUAAGCUGACGACCAUUAACGAAUUACGUGAAGAUCGUCUCAACUAUCAACACUUUCAGUUGCCGGAUCUGACCGAUUAUGUGGAUGUGCAGCGAGAAUAUCUAUACUGGGCAUUGUCGGAUUCGCAACAGCCAUUCAACAUCUGCCGUUUUCCAUUCCUAUUCGAUGCGUCUGCCAAGACGUCGCUGCUGCAAGCUGAUCAAGCGCUUCAAAUGCAAUCCGCCAUUGCGAACUCGAUGAAUAAUAUCAUGACACUGCUUCAGUACGGACAUAAUUCUCAGUUUAUUGUCUUGAAUGUGACACGAGAGAAUAUCGUGCAAGACUCGUUGCGUGAACUACAACGCUACAGUCAAAGGGAUCUCAAAAAACCGCUGCGAAUCAAGUUUCACGGCGAGGAAGCCGAAGAUGCCGGCGGUGUCCGUAAGGAAUUUUUUAUGCUGCUCCUGAAGGAUCUCAUUGAUCCGAAGUACGGCAUGUUCAAAGAGUUCGAAGACUCUCGUGUCAUGUGGUUUGCGGACGUCAGUUUCGAAACAGAGAACAUGUACUUCCUCAUCGGUGUUCUUUGUGGCUUGGCCAUCUACAAUUUCAUCAUUAUCAAUCUGCCUUUUCCACUGGCUCUCUAUAAGAAGCUUCUGGAGAAACCUGUCAAUUUAAGCGAUUUACGUGAGAUGUCGCCUGCAGAGGCGAAUUCCUUGCAAUCCCUGCUCGAUUAUGAGGGUGAUGACUUUAAGGACACCUUCGAUUUGACAUUUGAGAUAACGCGCGACAUUUUCGGCGAGCCAGAAACGAGGCCUCUGAAGCCCAAUGGCGGUGAGAUUGCCGUCACAAUUGAGAACCGGCAGGAGUUUGUUGAUCUCUAUGUGGAUUUCAUAUUUAACGAAUCCGUUGAGGUGCAUUAUCGUGCCUUUCACAAGGGUUUCAUGAAGGUCUGUUCAGGCAAUGUUAUGACGCUCUUCCAUCCAGAGGAACUGAUGGCCGUUGUCACUGGGAACGAGGAAUACGAUUGGCAGGCACUGGAGGAUAAUUGUGAUUACAAGGAAGGCUACACGUCCGCCGAUGAAACGGUGCAAUGGUUUUGGGAAGUUUUCCACGAUCUGACCGACGCUGACAAGAAGAAAUUCCUUCUGUAUUUGACAGGCUCAGAUCGCAUACCCAUUCAGGGUAUGAAAGCCAUCAAGAUUAUAAUACAACCCACCCAAAACGAACGCAGCCUUCCCGUUGCCCACACAUGCUUCAAUUUGUUGGAUCUGCCACGUUAUAAGACCAAGGAGCGACUCAAAUAUAAGCUACUGCAAGCGAUACAGCAAACUCAGGGCUUCAGUCUGGUCUAAACAUUUCAUAAAAUGCCUACGCGCAAGUUGAGUACAGGAAAACUGCUAUAAUAUAUUUUUGCAUUUGUCCUAAAUUCUAAGAACUAGGAAGAACAAAAAGAUGAACGCAAUUCUUUUCAGAGAUCAAAUCAACUGAAAUGCUAUUGUGUACUAUAUAGCUUUAGAUAGCGUUUUUAGUAUAGAUAACAUAUUGUUAUAGUAAUAAAUUUGGUGAAUUAACAAUAAAAAUGGAGUGUGCCUGAAAUGAAA